AUGGGUGAUUAUGACCGGCGACGCAAUGGGGGCGGCGGUGGUGGUGGCGGGCACAAUCGCAAACGCCGCUACCGCGAGGACGACGAGCAAGAUUAUCGCCAACAACGUCGACGCCAUGAGCCCCCUCCGCUCCCUGUCAGGAUUCGCAAGCAGCUCCUCAACAUCGCGGAGUCGCCUCUGCGUCGAUGGCACGAAGAGGUCCAGUCCAUUGCCCACAUUGUGGCCGACAAUGUAGAUGACACGGAACUGCGCGAAAACUUCAUCGACUUGGUACUCCAGCUUGCCGUUGAGCAGCCCUUGAAGACCCCAUUCACCGCCGCGGUCAUCCUGUUCAUCAACACACUACGCCCAGAGAUUGUGGAGGAUAUCCUGGGCAGGCUCAGCAUUGCCACGGAGACGAAGAUCAGAGAAGGUCACUGGAGGGAUGCCAAGUUGCUGCUCAAGCUCUUUGCCUGUCUGCAGAGCUGCUUGGGGGGCGAUGGCAUUUUCCCCAUCCUAGAGGAAUUGCUCGGGCGAGCGCUGGAUCUGCAGACUGCCAGCUCGGAAGACACGAUUGGUACCGAGCUCGUCAAAAUCAUCCUUCUCACAAUCCCAUACAUCAUGGCAGCACACCCAGAGCAGUGGCAGCACAAGGCUGCUCAGCUCAUGGGUAGCACCGAGAUCAUUGCUUCCGAGCCGCACCCGCUCCAAGCUUUGAUUGACCCCUUUAUUCCCGAGGCUGAGGGUGCGGCCACGGGCUCCGCAAGCAUCAUCAGCCUGUUGCAGCGCAGCUACAAUCCGAGGCUUCUGAUGGGUGGAAACUGGCUUGCCUGCCUCGGCCGUGGGAGAUGCCUCUGGAGGAGAUCGAGGCCAUGGAGAAGCUCGAGAACGCCACGAAGCACGACCUGCCAGUCAUUACUGUUCCCGAAAAGGCCUUGCUGGGGCCACGGGCCUCUUUCCCGAAGUGCACUUUCGUCCGUCUAUGCCCGAUCAGGACAUUCCCUUCUGUGCCCGCCGGCCCCCGACCUUCGCUUCUUCUCUGGAUCCGGGGAGGCGCUCCGUGGACUCGAUCCAACAUUCUUGACUUUAACCGCAAUGCCACGGCUAGGUUCUUGGCCCGAUGUCCGACUGCCACUUUUUCGAAUUCAACGCUUGGGGAGGGGGGCCAAACCGUUCCUUGACUGGUUCGCGCACCACCUGAGCAACUUUGGCUUCACGUGGAAAUGGACCGAAUGGGUCAAUGACGUGUUCUUGCCUGAUAUUCACCCGUCCAAGGCGUUCAUCAGAGGUGCCCUCGACAAGGAAAUCAGGUUGAGCUUUGCUCAGCGCAUCAAGAACACGCUUCCCGAAGAAUACCAGAGCUUGAUCUCACCUGACACGGAGAAGGACGUCCCCGACUUCAAGUUCUCUGACGAGACCACGCCGUUCUCUGCCGAGGGCCGAGAGCUGGCGGCUCUCCUCAAGCGCAAGGUGCCUGACGAAGAGUUCCAACCCGUGCUCGACCGAAUCCAUGCAGCCGCGACGGAGCAUAGCUUGGAUGCGCUGGUCACCAGCACAGAUGUUUUCGUCACGGCUGUCUGCUGGGUCGGCUCCAAAUCCCUGAGCCACGUGCUGGCUUGCAUUGAGCGUGUUAAGGACCGCUUAUUGGACAUUGGUGCCGCGUCGGAAGCGGCUCGCGCGCAGAUCAUCACCGCCGUCAUGGCAUACUGGCGAGCACAACCGGGCGUUGCCAUCUCAAUCAUCGAGAAGCUGCUCAACUACUCCAUCUUGACGCCCUUGUCGGUUAUUGAAUGGUCGCUCGUCUACAACCACAGCGAGCGCGAGGGCGAUGCACUGGCCGAGGCGCACGUUUUCGAGCUCGUGUCCAACACCGUGACCAAGGUGACGGGCCGCGUUCGUCAGAUCAUGACUGCUCCGGAACUCGAUGCGGAUGCUGAGGCAAGCAAGGAGCUCGACAAGAAAGCCAUGAGAGACUUGUUCACAUCGCUCAAAGAUGCUCUGUCAAGCUGGAAGGCGGGAAUCAAGGAUGAAAUGUUGGACGAGCCGAACAGUGAGGAGCGCAAGGCUCACCUUCAGCGCUGGGGCGCGCGCUGGCUGCGUGUGUUUGAGCGCAAGUCAGCCAUCGAAGAGGCAUUUUUGUUGGACGUGAAGAACACAGCCCAGAAUCCGUUCGAGUAG